GACAGUGUGUGGUGGAGUAAGAAGAUUUUCAGUAGCUUUUUUUUUGUUCGCCGGUGGACAGACUCAGAAAAUUAGUGUUAAAGGUACCAUUGCGUUCUCUGAGACAGGUGAAAAUAGUGCUCCCUUCUUCGAUGCAGUACCAGUCAGGCCUCCAUCCCAUGCACUCCAUGUUCCGCCGUGUGGAUCGCUACGAUCAGUUCGAACGGCGUGGGCCCGAAAAUGGUGCACGUCCUAAGUAUGACAUGGUCAACAACAGGUAUGGUGGUUACGGACCAAAAAAGGACUUCGGCGGACCAAAAGCUUAUCCGCCAUCUGAUAAUUUUAGAGGAGCUCCUCGAUUACCAACACGCUCAUUCUCGAAACCCGCUACUAAGGAAGAGCGCGCAAGAGUACAGAGCGCUCGCGCUAAAAAUCCGGGUCAGGCUUUAGAGAAGCCUAAAUGGGAGAAUCUACCUCCGUUUCCUAAGGACUUCUAUGUACCCCAUGCUAGGGUACAGUCUCGGACGGAGGCAGAAAUUGCCGCAUAUCGGCGCACAAUGGAAAUUACGGUUGCGGGAAAUCGUGUGCCUCAUCCUAAUCAGACUUUUGACGAGGGUAACUUCCCUGAAUACGUGUUGCGUGAAAUUGCAAAUCAGGGUUUCGCUGCACCAACAGCCAUUCAGGCCCAAGGAUGGCCCAUCGCGUUAUCUGGUCGCGAUAUGGUUGGCAUUGCGCAAACGGGCUCUGGAAAAACUCUGGCUUACAUGCUGCCGGCAAUCGUUCAUAUUGGUCAUCAGCCGCGCCUCGUUCGUGGCGAAGGGCCUAUCGUGCUUGUAUUAGCACCCACGCGUGAGCUCGCCCAGCAAAUCCAGACUGUUGUUGCGGACUUUGGGGUGCACAGCGAGCCACACAUACGCAACACUUGUAUAUUUGGUGGAUCACCAAAGGGCCCGCAGGCGCGAGAUCUUGAACGUGGAGUGGAAGUGGUCAUCGCUACGCCAGGUCGUCUGAUUGAUUUUUUGGAACGAGGUGUAACCAAUAUGCGACGCUGCACAUAUCUAGUUCUUGAUGAGGCUGAUCGUAUGUUAGACAUGGGUUUUGAGCCGCAAAUUCGCAAGAUAAUUGAGCAAAUUCGACCCGACAGGCAGGUUCUAAUGUGGAGUGCCACAUGGCCAAAGGAAGUGCAGACUUUGGCUGAGGACUUUCUGCGUGACUACAUUCACAUUAACAUCGGUAGUCUCAAUUUGGCAGCCAAUCAUAAUAUCAGACAGAUAGUAGACAUUUGCCAGGACACAGAGAAGGAAAGUCGUCUAAGUGGACUGCUGAAGGAUAUUGCAUCGGAUCGCAACAAUAAGAUCAUAGUGUUUGUGGAAACGAAGAAAAAAGUGGAUGACAUCGUUCGGGCAAUUGUGAAGGAGGGUUACGCUGCUACAGCAAUUCAUGGCGAUAAAUCACAACCAGAGCGUGACUUCGUAUUACAGGAAUUCCGUACUGGCAAGUGCACAAUUCUAGUUGCAACUGACGUAGCUGCACGUGGUUUGGACGUGGAAGAUGUGAAAUAUGUGGUGAACUACGAUUAUCCCAAUUCAUCGGAAGAUUAUAUCCAUCGUAUAGGGCGCACUGGACGGUGCGAUCAGUCAGGCACAGCUUACACGUUCUUCACUCCAGCUAACGCCAGACAGGCACGUGAGUUGAUUGCUGUUCUUGAAGAGGCUCAGCAGAAUCCGCCACAACCGCUAGUGGAAAUGGCUCAGCGCUCUGGUCCAGGCAUUUCUACAAAGGUGCGUCUUCGUUGGCAGACACCAAUGCUUGGAAAAAAGAUGCCAGUUUUUCAACCGAAGCAACCUUCGGUAGUUAUGCACCAUAAAGGAUUGGAAGUUCCGCCGCGUUUUGGAGGACCCAAAGCUACACCAUUACGCAUGCCGGGUCUCCAGAAUGGCAUCAUGGAGCCCGGUUUUUCUCCACGACAGCAGUUUCCACCCAAAACGGCCACUCGUACGCGCUUCGUUCAGCCCGGAGCAUGGAAUCAAGGCGGCGGAAUGUUUGUUAGUGGGGCAACACGUUUUGGAAGCGCACCUGGUCGUUUCUAUCAACAGCCGCAGCAGCGCUUUCAAAACCGAUUUGCGACGCCCUUUCAGCCCCGUCGACCAUUCGAUGAAGCUACGAGCUCGGCGUCUAGUACCAGUGGUGGGACGAUUGAUAUGGGCACACGCCCGGGUGGCGAAAUUUCGCCAACAAAUUAUCGUGGUGGUUGCCCGUCAUCUCCACAAGCUUAUCAGAUGCCACCGCCACAGCAACCAUUCCUCAUAGAUCCAACAGGAAUAUCUAACAUCAUGACUCCGUACGGACAGUAUCAACUUGGGCCACAAGCCACUCCUUACUACCCGUAUGCACCGCAGACAGCCGCUGUUCAACAAUAAACAUAGGAUCAGGCGUGUCUGUCGCGUAUCUUGUAAUCGUAAUGGUAGAGUUUAUAUAUAUAUAUAUAAAGGUUCUUGAAGUCACUUGUAGGUCAUAUGAAAUGGUGUUCUGUGAAAAAUAUUAUUGCUUUUGUUAUUUGACAAUUCAUUCAGUUAUUAUAUAAUUACUGAUGUUUCUUUAGGUGUUACAUCUUUGACCGUCAUGACAAUAUUAACAUGAUGGUAUUAACAAUUUUCAUGCAGUAAAAGCAGCUGCAGUUCGAAUAUCAUUCAGCGACUAUCGACUUGUUCAGAAAUAAGAAAUGACACAGAGUAAUUUAUGGUUUCUUCUAGAUUGAGAAUUACAAUCGAAUUUGUGUUAAUUUAAUAUCAUACUUGUACAGUAAUAAUCAUCUAAAAGAUGCAAUUGAGCUAUGAAAUUAUGAAUUUACAUGCAUAGUGAAACAGUAAUCAUAUUACUUUGACGAAAGCAAUAGCAUUUCGGCACAACGUCAGAACUACUUAUGACCGCAAUUAUAUUUGGAACAUUGCAUAUAUGCUAUAUACAAAAAUAAUUUUACAUGCGCACCAUUAUGGAUUUAAUUAUAGUCAGCCAAACUUUUUCAAAACGAUCAUGAAUAAUGAUAAAAAGAAUUUUUAUUUUAUUUCUUUGAACUUUAUUAAUCAUUUUUACCGUAUCAAAUAUUUCAUAGUUUUAAGGAAAUAUAUUAGAUAUAUUAAUAUACAUUUAUGCGAUAAACAUUUCUUUUAUGCCGUUGAUGAGGUGACGUAAUUUAUUAGGCAAUCCAAAUGAAACUAUCCAUUACUAUUGAAAAUUGAGAUUUUGAAAAUACUUAUUGUUUACUUGAAAAUUUUCUGCUCAUUUUACAUUUAAUUUUCGCAAGAUUUGGUUAAUUAAGUAACAUGAUGUAAUAUUUUGCAUAUGAUGGUUAAGAUUUUUUUUUCAUUUCAAUGCGAAAUAUUUCGUUACGUAAAUACAUACAGUCGUUCUAUGUGAUAUGUAGAAUAGCUCUACACCUUGCUUUCAUUUUGGAAGACGAAGUUUAACGUAGAAAAGUCAUUGCUUUUGUAAGAUGAAAUAGUUUUCAAAAUUAGUUCCUGGUUAAAGAGAUAUACUUUAUACUUUAUACUUAUACUUUAUAAGAUAUACUUUAUAGAUAACACAUGAAAACACAGUAAUUUUAAUAUCUUACUUUUUUAUUGUAGAUACUUCGAAUAAUUCUAAAAAUUGUAUGUACAUGCUAGACGUACAUAUGCUAGUAAUACUAAGAAUGUGACCAAAAUAUCAUUAUAAUUUUAAAAGCGUAUAGCUUGAGUUCCGUGGCUUUGGUAGCUAUAAUUUUGAUAUAAUUAUAUUGCAAACGAUUUUGCCUGGUUUUCUCAAAUAUGAAAGAAAUUCUAUUCAAAUAACUUUUCUUGAAAUAUAUGGAGCAAUUCUCAGUCACACAAAAAAUGUAAAAAAAAGUAUUAUAUUGGUUCAACAUACGCCUUGCGCUAUUCUGAGUUACACUUGUAAUGGCGAUUGUGUAAGAAAAUUCACCACUUGUGUUAUUUGCUAUUCUGGCCCACAUGUGUUAAAUCACUUUGUACUGCUAAAGCAGACAUUCAAAUGUGUAAUUUUAACACUACCUCCAAAGGUUGUUUUACUGAAUGUGUUAAAAGCAGAGUGACAGAUCGGAAGUUGCAAAAUAACUUUCAAAUACGGAUAAAUCUGCCAUUGUGGCUUUAGUUUUCAAGCAUGAACAUUAAUGAUGUUUACAGUAAAUUCAUUUUAUCACGGGUUAACAAAUUAUUUACUUGAUUUUUAAUAAUCUUCGCAAAUUUCACCAUUUUUCUUUUCUUACACAUUGUGGGUUCACUUUAAAAUUAUAUACACUGUUUGAACGAGAAAAGCAAGAGCUGUUGUUCCUAUUUCACUUUGAAUGCUAACUUUUUAUGUUAUUAAGUUAAGUAUACCAUGUCUGUGUGUGACUCUGAAUUGCUCCAAUUAUUUUAAAUUUCUAAAUGUUGAUUGUAUUAUUAUUGGCAUUAGCGUCACAUGAACUUUUGUAUUUCUACGUGGUCAUACAGUUUGGCAAAACUUUUCAAACGAGCUCAAGAUGACUAACAGCGGCGAAGUAUUAUAUAAGUAUUAAAACUGCUACCAAUAUCUUUGCUCCUAUAACAUCAUGACGUAUAAAUGAAGAUUCGUUGAAUAGGUGUCUACUUCAGCUACAGCAAAUUUCAAUUAAAGAGGCAAAUUAUUUGUUCAGCAAUUAUUAACUUUUUAGUUCUUAAACCCAUUUUUGCGAAAUAAUGGUACUUGAUGCCGGUACUAAAUGGUACUUUGCUAGACCUUUCGAAGAAGUACAAAACCGUUCCGGUCGGAUAAUUAUAACCGGAGUUAAGACUAGGGGUAAGGGUUUGGAUCUGACAACAUCAUGCGUUACUGCAUACAUUAAGCCUGUAGUAUAAACUGUAUCUCUUACUAUUUAGGCCCUAGUAGUCAAUAUGUUGCGAUAAAAGGCGUAAAAAAACUAAAUUUGAAUUGAGUGUCCACUGACCAUUUCUAACAAAACUUGCCUUAGGUAAUCGGCGAUUUUGGGUUCCUCAAGCGAUAACAUAUAGUAGCUGUAAUGUAAAUCCCAAGUCUGAAAAUACAAAGUGAGCAUCAGUUAAUGUAAAGUAAACAUAGUUUUAAUUCUUUCAUUUCGUAAGUAUUCAUGUUACAAACAGACAUUUUUCAGAUACUGCGCAUAUAAUAUUAUUUCAAAUUUGUAUAAAGUCAUAUAUGCAUUUAUGUGUAUACAAUUCAUGCAUAAUUAUGAAUAUGAGACAUAUAUAUAUAUAUAUAUUAUGUGUAUAUAUAUAUGUGUGUAUGCUCUAUUUAAAGCUGUUGUAGAACAGAUGGCAAAUUGUAGCCUUCCUAUCCAGGAAAACUAAAAAUAAAAACAUUAAAUGUAAAGGGCAUAUUAGUAACAAUGUAAGGCUAAAGAAACAAAAAAAAUUGUGUGCAGAAAAGAAGUUUUUUUUGUAGAUCUAGAGUUUCCAAGAUUCAGGCGCAAAUUUGAGAAAAUGAAUAUAUUGGAACAAAUUGAUUUAAUGUAGUAAGUAAAAUGAGAAGUAUAUUUGGAACAAAAUAAAUAAAAGAACUGUAUGAUGUUGAAAUGCACUAAAUGGGAGAAUUAUUUAAACAUUGCUAAUCAUUACCAACGGAACUAAUUUACAAAGAUAAAAAAAGAUCACAUGAUUCAAGGAAAAAAAAUUUGGAUGAAAAGUCCAUUAAGAGUACAUUAAAAAGAAAAUAUUGAUUAUAAGAUGAAUUAUAUAUCUGAUAAUACCACAUAAGUUAAUUAUAGUCAUUGCAAUUCAAUUAUGACGUUGUUGACUAAACUUGGUUAACGUACAAAACUUUAAAUCUCGAAUGAAAAAUAAGUGAAUUGGUGACCAUCAUCGCACCUUUGCCUAAAUUUGAAAUUGAAAAAUCCAAAUAGUUCUUUCAUUAUUUGGGAAAUAGUAACGACAAACAAUUAAGUAACAAGUAACGAUAUAUAUUUAUGUAAAUGGAAAAAAAUCAUAUAAAGAAUUCUUAGGUAAAUAUCUGUGAUAAUUUUUUUGAUAUUUUAGUGUGCAAAAAAAUGUGAAAAUGAGAGAUUAGAAGAAACCAAGUGGAAAACAAACAAGCACAGCGAUUAAUUAAGGGUAAAAAAAAAGUUACUAAAAAUUAGUAUGACGAAGUAAAAUUUAUCACAAUCAACUAUAAUUAUGUUGAAAUGAAUCAAAAAUAAAUCAACCCUCGGCAAAAUCAUAACAUUCUAGGUAUAAUGUCAUCUUUCAGAAGGAAAAUGGCAGAAAUUAUAUUCCAGAUACCGAUUAUCAUGAUCUGAUCUUUUGUUUUCGUAAAACAGCAUAUGACUUUUACUAAUUAUAAGUCGGGGAUAAAUCGAAAUAAUAUAGGAAAAUUAUUAUAGCAUUUAUAAUGUAUUUUACCUUCAACGAUUAUUUAAAUCAAUAGAAAAGAAAAACUGAAAAAUUUAUAUAAAUAUGAGUAAGAAGUAUUUUCUGAUGUAGAACAUUUACACUUCACCUUAUCGAGUCUUCAAAUAUUUCUUAGAUCUACAUCAAAUAUAAGGUUUUUCUGUAUUAUUUACUUAUAUGGAAUAUUUGGCUCCCUAUUGAUGCAAAUAAGAAACUAAUGGAUAGUUCGAAUAUGUUACAUUGAGAUGACGGAAUGGCUAAAUUAUAUAUACUUAUUUAAUGUCCGUAUGUAGCCUCCGAAAUGUUGUGUGUGGGCAUCAAAUGAGUAAAUAGGAUUCGACAAUUCUGUGUUUCCAAAAAAAAAACAACCCACUAGCCAUUAAACACAUACAUAAACUAGAAUCUGUUAUUGUUGAUACACUAUCAAGAAAAUCUGUUAGCAAUGUUUCUUCAAUUCUUAUUCGCAACGCAUCAGAUUAACAUUUGUGCCAACGAAAAAUUUUUUCGUGGUAAAUGUUGCUUCGUGUAGAUCAGGAACAACGACUCCAAGAGCCCUAUUUUCAUAUCUAUAUUCCUAUUCUUUAAAACUUGCGCGUUCUGAAAUGGAGAUCGAAAAUGCCCUUAUUAUAAAAGUAGAUUACUUGAACUCAAAUAACAAUGAAAAUCCAUAAAAUAUAAAACCUGUUAUUGCCAAUCAUUUUUGACCUUGAAUACCGUAUUUUCGUUAUUGAUAAUAAUUUCGAAAAUAUGUCUGUUUGUCUUUUUAUACUGCAGAUUAUCUUUUGCCCCCACUGGCACAUUAAUAUAUCAAUAUAACCUGAACACAUUUUUUUCUCUGGACAACGUGCAUCUCGACUCGUAUUGACUUUUCUAUAUGCGAAUAAUCAAGAAAAUAAUAAAUUUCAACAAAAUAAAAAUUUCAAAAUGAAUCCCUUUUUUGUGUUGGCUGGUGGGUGAAUUUAUGCAAGUUGUCGACGAUAUCAAAUUGAGUAACAAAGUUAAUUGUUCACGAAUGAUAUGAAAAUUAUUCUUGGGACCAUAACAUUUUAAUUUGAGAUUAUUUUCCAUUGAAGGCUGGAACCAUAUGGCAGUAAAGUUUGAAUUUAAAAGAAAUUUGAUACUAAAAAAGAAUUCGCAGCCGAAAAUUAUUCAAUAGAGACGAAUGACAAGGAUUUAACUUGAUUGUUUUGCUACAAAUAUAGUGAUGUCUAGGGGAUUGGAGACAGUCUUCGUUUGUCAUAUGUAAUGCUGUUUACCCGUCUUUUAUAUCAGUUAAUGUAACGCGGGUCAUUUCAAAUACAAUAAUUUAUUUUCAUGUUGGCUUUACAGUACCCCUGAAGCAUUGAAAAACAGUGAUUAUCAGUUCAGUAAGAUGUUUUUAAAGCCAAUGGGGGAUUUCAUUUGAAAAGACAGAAUAACCGAAUUCUAUUUACUCAUUUAUUGUCCGCACUAUGUUUUGGAGGCUUUUUCUUCUUUCUUCAUAUUUGAUAAAGUAAAGUACGUUGAAAUCGGUCAUUCAGAUAUCCAAAUUUGCAAAAUUCAAAAUUUAUUAACAAUUAUAGUCAAUGGCGAACAAUGUAUUCGGAAAAAAAUAAAUAUCAUAAAAGUUUCUGUUAGUAUUCCAGUUGAACUAUGCUAUACCAAAAAUUUUGUUGAGAAGACAGAAUUUUUACUAACCUCCAAGCUAGCAGUAAUUUCGAAAUAACUACAAAACUUUUUGCUUGAGAUUUUAUGGAGCAUUUUUCUCAAUGCCAAAUGUAUUUCAUAUAAUUUUCCUCACUCUUUUCAUUGUUUUUGCUCUAGUAAGGUAUAUGGCAGGGAGAGAAUCCAAAGAAAAACCAUAAAAGAGAGCAAGAAGGAAAAUAACAGAACAACUUGAUUUUAACACGAGUGGCAGACCCUAUAAAUUUUUUAAUAUAUCUUUUAUUAUUAUUAUUAUUAUAACACAUGGCGUAGAGAGAGAGAGAGAGACAAAAAUAUGUCUCAGAAUAAUCUAUAAACGCAAUGCUGUGUUUUCACAAUUAGGAACACCUUAUAAAAUUCGUACAAUCAUUCAAUAAUACAAAUGUGAAAUGCUACCAUAGUUCUAGCUAACUAAAUGUUUUCGCCUUCAGAUAUGAUUAUCAUAUUGAGGUUCUAAUUUUUCUGAGUUUAAUAAUUGAAUUCUGAAAUAACAAAUAGUUUCUACUCAUCAUGUUGACGGGAAUGUUAAAACCUCUAGUUUAACACAAAAUUUGUAGAGAGACUAAAUGUCAGGUAUUCUUACUCGAAUCCAACUAAUUUUACAUCAUUGUAUUUUUACUUAUAAUUUGUAUUGUAUUUUUUUUUUUGAUAACAAUAUUUUUGGAUAAUAGAUUAAAAUCGGUAUAUUUAGUAGCUUAAUAACGUAUAAAAAUUUUAAAAUAUAGGGAAGUUCAACCGAUAAAUUUGCUGUAAUUCUAUUUGAUUUAGAUUUAUUUUGUCAGUCAAUAUAUUAAUACAGUUUUUAUUUUCACGUCAAUAAUACUUUUUUAUGUUGGUAUUAGAGCAGGUUGAUAUUAGGAAGCGUGUAAUACUUUCAAUAGUUUCUUUGUUUCAUUUUUUAUGGGUCAAAUGUCAUAUCAGAAACCUUUUUCCUUUCUUAAGUUGAUUAGUUUGUUUCACAUUAUAAACCCGCAGCUAAAAAAAACAUUGUUGGCUGAACAGUGGGGAAAAGAAUAAUAAUUAGUUGUUUAAAUUUACACACGUAAAUUCACUAAUGAAUACAUCUGAGGAUCUUCCAUAUAUCACGUGGCAACACUGUAAACCUUAAAUUAAAAGAAAAAAAAUUGAAAGGCUCGUGAUUAGAUAAUGACGGUGAGAUAAAUAUUUAAAAUAAAAGAUAUUCCUCGACUUAUACUUUCCUCACAACAAUCGUAAAGGAAAAGAAAAUGCAAAGAUAUUACUAUAUGGGAGAAUAUUUUACGAAUAGUCUAGAAGAUAAUAUGUAUUAAUUACUCGAAAAGUGCGGUACAAUCUUUUCAAAAAAUUUCUUUGAAACAUUAAUUUGCAAUUUAAGCAAAAACGAGGACAAGAAUUUAAGUAACAAAUGAUAUAGAAGCCAGCAAAGGAAAAUCAUGAAGUGCAUAGAAACACUAUUACGUGUUGUGGCUUCGGUAAUUUUUUACUUUCUUUUGUAAUAGAGGCAGAGUUAUGGAGGAAUAUUACUAGUAUGUAUUUUACAGAUACCCAAAUUUUGAAGAAGAUUGAAAAAAGUUUAAACUUUUUAUAAAAUUUUCACCUUUUUGGUAAUAUUGUGCAAACAAUACUUUUAAGUUAAUUUUUUUGUAAAAACAAUUAUAACACGGAACUUAAUCGAAUAGUAAAAGUAAUAUGCAUUGCAUUUUUUCGAUAGUCAACAUGUAAAAAUUGCUAAAUUAUUUAUUGGUAUGCUGAAAAACAAAUUUUUUACCCUUUUUCGAUCAACUAUGGUAGAAGCUCAAGUAGAAAAAGUACAAAAACGGUAUAUGGUGAGAAUAUAUAAUUAGGGCAUAAACACAGUAGUUUUCCACAAAGAAGAAUGAAUUGAAGAUAGGAAAUUAAAACAAUUAAUUAAUUUGUCACAGGGAUCAACUAAUUAGGCGAUGAUAUGAGUCGUUCAAUUUGUUUUAAGCUGAGAAAGAAAGAAAUGAAGCGAUAACAAGGAGGAGCUAUACGCAAAAAUGCCAGAGAGAUUAAAAGUAUUUGUAGGUUAGUAGAAAAAAAUAUAAAGAAAAACAUCACAAAAAUUGAAAAAUCAAGUAAUUUUCCUUAUUUUAUUAAAUUUAGAGAUUACAAUUUAUAAGAAAAGAGUUCCCUUUUUAAAGUUUGCUGACAAAAAGGAAUAUGUAUGUCAGCAAAAAAUUACUAUACAUCUAAUUUAUUCGCAAAUCUAAUCUAUUUCUUAAAAUAUCAUAUUUAUUUCUCUGACAGUAAGUAAAUUUGAUCAGUUGAAGUAUAUAUUUAAUAGGUCUCCUGUUGUAUUAUUUUUAAACACGACUUUUUCUGUUCUUCUGUUCCAAAGUGCAUUUCUUGUAUGUAAUACAGUAUUGAUGUCAAAGCAUGAUGUUGACCAAUGCGGUAACCCCAUGUGGUCAGUGAAGAAUUUCAAUAAAAAACUUCUUUAGCAAAAAAAGCAGUAUUGCUGAAAAUAUCUCAAACGUAUUUGCAUUUGAGUGCAUUUAAUAGACUUUUCCUGUAUUGCUGCAACAUAUUCCAGACAUAAUAACUAGAUAGCAACGGUCACUGAGGUAAGUUGGUACUGCAAAUAAUAAGUUUUUUCGAAAUGCAAGAGCUAUAUGCAAGGAGCAGUGACGACAUUAUGAAGUAUAUUACAGCUUUAUAACUGAGAAGCCUUAUACUUGCUGGGUAGAUUAUUCGGUCUCAGAACCAAGACUUUUCUCUAUCAAAUGGUAAGAAUUGCAUUGGAAGGCACUUGUGAGUCCUGGGCGCCUCCAUUGCUUACUUCCGGGACGAAGUUAUUUCUUUUUUUUAGUUAUUGGAUGAAAAAAAAACUAUUAAAAAUUCUUGAGCUGGCUUUGAUUAUAGAUACACAUUUGGUUUUUAUA